CUUAUGCUGCUCAAGUCGUCCUCCUCUGAUGCUCAAGUCUUCAUGUAGCACACUUAAUGCUGCUCAAUUCGUCCUCCUCGGAUGUUACUCCAAUGCAAAUAUCUUGGCCGAGUUUUUGGAACGUGCACGGAUGUGUUCAGGAGACAGAGCCAGAGAGACAGCACCUGCGAGCGAUCUGAUUUACAUUUUGUCAAUUUCGGUUCAUUCAAAACUUGAGAGUGUGAUACGGAGUGUUUUUUUUAAUGACUGUCCCCAGCCAAUCACAGCCGGAACUGCGGUCACCGUAGCUCAGCCAAGCGCAUCUGUCUCCGGCCGCUCCAGUCCAGUUGACCCGAUCCCCGAACCAAACCAACAGCACAUCUUCAACACGGAAUAUUGGACGUGGUUUGACUUGAAUUACGGAUCAUUCGCACUUCUUUCACAACUUUUAAAACAACAAUCACCCUAGAAUUCAGAGCAUGGAGAUGGUUUUCAUCAGAGUGGCUCUGCGCGCUUUGAUAGUCGUUUGUCUUUUGGAUAAGGGGGUGGUGGACUCCAACGAGAUCCUGGGCCUGAAGCUACCCAACAUCGACCCCAUCCUCAACGCCAACACAGUGUGCCUGACACUGUCGGGCUUGAACCGCCGCCAGCAGGACGUCUGCAUGCGCAACCCGGACGUCACAGCCUCCGCCAUCCAGGGCAUCCAGAUCGCCAUCCACGAGUGCCAGCACCAGUUCAGAGGUCACCGCUGGAAUUGCUCCAGCCUGGAGACACGCAACAAGAUCCCCUAUGACAGCGUGGUCUUCAAACGAGGCUUCCGUGAGAGCGCCUUUGCCUACGCCAUUGCGGCGGCGGGCGUGGUGCACGCCGUGGCCAAUGCCUGCUCCAUGGGCAAGCUGAAGGCUUGCGGCUGUGACGACAAGCGGCGCGGUGACGAGGAAGCAUUCCGCAUCAAGCUGCACCACCUGCAGAUGGAGGCCAUCCACCGGGGCAAGGGCAUGGUGCACGGGGUGAUGGAGCACUUCCCUGCCGAGCUGCCGGGGCCCCAGGACUCCUGGGAGUGGGGCGGCUGCAGCCCCGACGUGGAGUUCGGGGAGAAGUUCUCGCAGGACUUCCUGGACGCCCGUGAGACCUACAAGGACAUCCAUGCGCGCAUGAGGCUGCACAAUAACAGAGUUGGGAGGCAGGUGGUGCUCAGCAACAUGCGGAGGAAGUGUAAGUGCCACGGUACGUCGGGGAGCUGCCAGCUCAAGACGUGCUGGCAGGUGACCCCUGAGUUCCGCGUGGUGGGAUCCCUGCUGAGGGAGCGCUUCCAGAGCGCCACGCUCAUCAAGGCCCACAACCGCAACACGGGGCAGCUGGACCACUCCCACCACGCCCACCGCCGCCGCCAGCAGCCCAGCAUCAACGACCUGGUGUACUUCGAGAAGUCCCCCGACUUCUGCGAGCGAGACCUGGGCUCCGACUCCAGUGGCACGCAGGGCCGCAUCUGCAACAAGACCAGCCCGGGCAUGGACCGUUGCGAGAGCCUGUGCUGCGGCCGCGGCCACAACAUCCUGCAGCAGACACGCAGCGAGCGCUGCAACUGCAAGUUCCACUGGUGCUGCUACGUGGUGUGUGCCGAGUGCCGCAUCACAGAGUGGGUCAGCGUGUGCAAGUGA